CAACCCGUGCACUUCACACAGACAUCUAAGGGGCACUAACACGGAGAAUACCAACCUACGCAAGAAUAGUAGGCAACUACAUAUGCAUAGUGAAAAUACAGCAGAAUGACAUUCUAUCAAUUCUUUACUUAGUAAACUAUACUGUUCAGUUUUAUUCAGCAUUUGAGGGAAAAGUUGGCAAAGAGAGAGCUACGUUUGGUGUUAAUACACUCUGAAUGCCUUCAUGAACCGUUUCUACUUUUCAAAAAAGUAAAACAGGGCCAAAGCCAUGCUACAGAUAAAGUAAGUUUAAUUUUACAAUUUAAUUACAAUUUAUGAUUACCAGUUUAAUUAAACAAAUGCGUUGAAGUUAUGGCUGCGCUAAGGCGUAAAUUUGGAGAAGACUAUCAAGUGGUGAACACUAACAGAGGCGCGACUUUCUCCAGCGCGCCGGUGAAGAAGAAACGCCAGCGCUUUGUGGAGAAGAACGGACGCUGCAACGUCCAGCACGGGAAUCUCGGAGGAGAGACCAGUCGUUAUUUAUCGGACCUGUUUACUACGCUGGUGGACUUGAAGUGGCGCUGGAACCUUCUUAUUUUCAUCCUCACAUACACCAUCGCCUGGCUGGUCAUGGCCUCGAUGUGGUGGAUCAUUGCAUAUAUAAGAGGGGACAUAAAUCACGACCACGACGCUUCCUACACUCCUUGCGUCGCCAAUGUUUACAACUUCCCAUCAGCUUUCCUCUUUUUCAUUGAAACCGAGGCGACAAUUGGUUAUGGGUACCGCUAUAUAACUGAGAAGUGCCCUGAGGGCAUUAUUCUCUUCCUGUUCCAGUCUCUGCUGGGCUCUAUAGUGGACGCGUUCCUCAUCGGCUGUAUGUUCAUUAAGAUGUCGCAGCCGAAGAAGCGCGCAGAGACGCUAAUGUUCAGUCAGGACGCGGUGAUCUCACAGCGCGACGGAAAACUCUGCUUAAUGUUCCGCGUGGGCAAUCUGAGGAACAGCCAUAUGGUGUCCGCGCAAAUCAGGUGUAAACUCAUAAAGUCUCGUCAGACCCCGGAGGGUGAGUUCCUGCCAUUGGAUCAGUGUGAACUGGACGUGGGGUUUGGAACUGGUGCUGACCAGCUCUUCCUGGUCUCUCCUCUCACCAUCUGCCAUGAGAUCAAUCCCAAGAGCCCAUUCUUUGACCUGUCCCAGCGCUCACUCAAGAACGAGCAGUUUGAGAUUGUCGUCAUCUUGGAGGGCAUUGUGGAGACAACAGGUAUGACAUGUCAGGCACGUACUUCAUAUACAGAAGAUGAAGUGUUGUGGGGUCACCGUUUCCUGCCUGUCAUGUCUCUGGAAGAGGGUUUUUUUCGGGUGGACUACUCACAGUUCCACAGCAACUUUGAGGUCCCCACACCACCCUACAGCGUGAAAGAAUAUGAGGAGAAAUCUUCGCUUUCCUCUGUCCUGCUUACUCCGUACCGUGAGCGAGUGUUCUCCGUAGACUGCCUGGAAGCAGGUGAUGAAGUGGCCGGUCCAGGAAGUGGUAGUGCUUAUUGCAAACUUCCCAAUAAACUUCAGAAAAUGAGCUCAUAUGGCAGGGAGGAUCUACAGAGGAAGGUGUUGCGUCUGAGCUCCCAGCCAUCAGAAAAAGCUUCGAGCACAGGGGACCUUCCUCUCAAACUGCAGCGCCUUGGAUCCAGUCCUGACCAGGGUGACGGAGAGGCACAAUUCCACCUCAAAGCCAUCAAGGUGGGAUUCCAGACCAUGGCCAUGUCCACUGGAGAUCUCCACCAGAGGAGUCUGCCCCCCACCCCUGCAGCCAUCCCCACACACACCCACGCCCCUUCACACACAAAUAUGUCCUCCAGUGGAGGCCGGCCAGAAGACAACCUUCCUGCUAAAUUACGGAGGAUGAAUGCAGAUCGUUAACAUGAAAGUGCAUUUAGAAAUUCCUCCUAAUCUGAGACCAGUUAUAAAUGUUUAUUGACCAUGAUCAAGAUUUAGGUUAGGAGCAAAAAAUGUUUUGUUAUGAACUGAAAGAGGACUUUUGGUAAGAAGCUUUCCUGACUGCAUAAUAAGUGAAUGAUUGCAUUGGAAAGACAACUUGCAGGAGGUAGAACUGUUAGAAAGCAUGAGAGAAGGAAUUUAUAUCAGCUGAUUUAUCUGAUUUUGUUUCUUCAAAAAAGCACAAAUCUCUAACUCGAAUACUUUGAUUUUAAUUAUUUAGCUGUUUACUGGUGGCAAUAGUCACCUAGUGUGUCUCAUUCACACACUUAGUAAUGUCACAAAUACACACAACGAUUAUAAUAAGUGCAUGCGUACAAGUUGGGUAAGCCCUCUGUUAUUUCUAGUUAAAAUUAAUAAAUUCUAUUUCUGA